GUUGAGGAAGUCAGAGGGAGAGGAGAAGAGGGGGAGAGAGGUCAGUGGAGGAGUGCACACAAGAUCAGCAAUUUAGGAACCCACGGACCUCCACAACAGGGUUUACACUGUGCCUGCGAUUGGGAUUAUACAGAGAACGGACUAAUUUCUUUUGGAGUUGGACUUGAGGUGGAAGUACCAAGAUGGCGGCCAACGCAGAGGCAGCAAAGCCGGUCAUCAUGAAUGAAGAGGAACUGAAGAGGAAGCAGAGGGAGAAGCUGAAGAAGCUACAGGCCACGGGAGGCAACCCUCGCCCCGCGAGAUCCCUCUUCCUCUUCAACCUCAAGAAUCCCUUCCGCAAGGCGUGCAUCAACAUCGUAGAGUGGAAAACAUUUGAGAUCAUCAUCUUAUUGACGAUCUUUGCAAACUGUGUUGCUCUGGCUGUGUUUCUGCCCAUGCCUGAAGAAGAUACUAAUAACACCAAUUUAAACUUGGAGAGUUUGGAGUAUAUCUUCUUGAUAAUCUUCACAUUAGAGUGCUUUCUGAAGAUAGUGGCGUACGGGUUUGUUUUCCAUGAAGGCGCCUAUUUACGGAACUGUUGGAACAUAUUGGACUUUGUCAUCGUCUUCAUGGGUCUCUUCACCUUUAUCGUGGAUACGAUCCAUCAUAUAGCAGGCAUGCCGAUAGAAAAGGGUGGAGGGUUUGACAUGAAGGCACUGAGAGCCUUCAGGGUGCUACGACCUCUACGUCUCGUCUCUGGAGUCCCUAGUCUGCAGGUGGUGAUGAACUCCAUCCUCAAGGCAAUGCUCCCUCUGCUGCACAUUGCCCUGCUUGUCUUCUUAUUGGUUACCAUCUAUGCCAUCAUGGGACUGGAGCUCUUCAAGUGCAAAAUGCACAAGACCUGCUAUUACGCUGACACGGGUAUCUAUGCUAUAGAAGAGGGUGAGCUGCCUUCACCCUGUGCUCAGGCUGGUAACGGACGCCGCUGCAUCAUCAAUGGCUCCGAGUGUCGGCCAUACUGGGAAGGUCCCAACAACGGCAUCACCCACUUUGAUAACAUUGGCUUUGCCAUGCUCACAGUCUUCCAGUGUAUCACCAUGGAGGGAUGGACCACAGUGCUCUACUGGGUUAAUGAUGCUAUAGGAAAUGAAUGGCCCUGGCUCUACUUUGUUCCCCUCAUUCUGGUGGGCUCCUUCUUCGUGCUUAAUCUGGUUCUGGGCGUGCUCAGUGGGGAGUUUACCAAAGAGCGAGAGAAGGCCAGGUCGCGUGGAGAGUUUCAGAAGUUACGAGAGCGUCAGCAGCUUGAUGAAGAUGUGCAUGGCUACAUGGAGUGGAUCACCCAUGCUGAAGUGCUAGAUGCAGACCGUGAGGGCAUAGGACUGCUGCCUUUGACCGGUGGAGAUCCUGACACAGACAGCCUGUAUGGCCUGGAAGGCAAAAGUCGAAUCGUCUACUACUACCGCCUGGCCCGUCGCUGGAAUCGUUUUUUCAGGAUGAAGUGCCUGGUGUAUGUGAAAACCAAGUGUUUCUACUGGGUGGUAAUGAUCCUUGUUUUGAUCAACACCCUGACCAUAGCGACAGAGUACCACCACCAGCCUGAGUGGCUUACGUCUCUUCAAGAUGUUGUCAGUCGUGUGCUGCUGGUGCUGUUCGUCAUUGAGAUGUUUGUGAAGAUGUAUGCUCUGGGCCCUCGAGCAUAUUUCAUGUCUCUGUUUAACCGCUUUGACUUCUUCGUGGUGCUGUGCGGUAUCCUGGAGAUGAUCAUGUUGUCUGCAGGAUCUGUGGCUCCGUUAGGUUUCUCUGUACUCAGGUGUAUUCGGCUGUUGAGGAUCCUUAAAGUCACAAAGUACUGGACCUCUCUGAGUAACCUUGUGGCCUCUCUCCUCAACUCUGUCCGCUCCAUUGCCUCCCUGCUCCUCCUCCUCUUUCUCUUCAUCGUCAUCUUCUCACUCCUCGGCAUGCAGGUUUUCGGAGGAAAGUUCAACUUUCCCGACCAAAGACCCAGACGCAGUAACUUUGACAAUUUCCCUCAGGCCCUCAUAAGUGUAUUUCAGGUCUUGACAGGAGAGGACUGGACCACUGUUAUGUACAAUGGCAUUAUGGCCUAUGGAGGGCCUGUUUUCCCCGGCAUCCUAGUUGCCAUCUACUUCGUUGUCCUCUAUGUUUGUGGAAACUACAUCCUUCUGAAUGUUUUCUUGGCCAUCGCCGUCGACAACCUGGCAGAGGCUGAGAGUCUGACCUCAGCCCAGAAAGAGAAGGCAGAGGAGAAGUUGAGAAGGAAGCUACUAAGGUCUAAAAUGCCUGACAAGACUGAUGAGGAAAGAGAGAGGAUAGCUAAGAAACUGGCAGAGCAGAGGGCCAAGACAGAGGGCAUGCCCACCACUGCUAAGCUAAAAAUUGAUGAGUUCGAGUCAAAUGUCAAUGAAGUGAAAGAUCCAUUCCCACCUGCCGACUUCCCGGGUGAUGAUGAGGAGGUAGAGCCUGAAAUCCCCAUCAGCCCUCGACCCCGACCAAUGGCCGACCUGCAGCUGAAGGAAGAAGCGGUUCCAUUGCCUGUCGCCAGCUCCUUUUUCAUCUUUGGCCCUCAGAACAAGUUCCGAAAGCUUUGCUACAAGAUCAUCAACGCGUCGUCCUUCACCAACUUAAUCCUCCUGUUCAUCCUGCUCUCCUCCAUCUCUUUGGCGGCUGAGGACCCCAUUGAUCCCAAGUCCUACAGAAACAAGAUCUUGGCCUAUGCUGACAUUGUCUUCACAACGGUUUUCACCAUUGAGAUUGUACUAAAGAUGACAGUGUAUGGAGCAUUCAUGCACGAGGGCUCCUUUUGUCGGAACUCCUUCAACAUCCUGGAUCUGCUUGUGGUCGGAGUCUCCCUGCUUUCUAUGGGAAUGGAAUCGAGUGCCAUCUCUGUGGUGAAGAUUCUCAGGGUGUUGAGGGUGCUCAGGCCUCUUAGGGCCAUCAACAGAGCUAAAGGCUUAAAGCAUGUGGUCCAGUGUGUGUUUGUCGCCAUCAAAACCAUCGGUAACAUCGUCCUGGUCACCAUGCUGUUGAAUUUUCUCUUUGCCUGUAUUGGCGUGCAACUUUUCAGGGGUAAAUUCUACAGCUGCACAGACGCCUCAAAAAUGACCGGGGAGGAAUGCCAAGGAUACUUCAUGAAGCACAUGGAGAAUUCCUUACAAGACACGAUGGUGGCUAAGAGAGAAUGGCUCAACAGUGACUUCAACUUUGACAACGUGCUCAAUGGCAUGCUGGCUCUCUUCACUGUUUCCACGUUUGAGGGCUGGCCAAAACUGUUAUACAGAGCCAUUGAUUCAGGUGAAGAAGACAUGGGCCCCGUCUUCAACAACCGUGUGGACGUCUCCAUCUUCUUUAUCAUCUACAUCAUCCUCAUCGCCUUCUUCAUGAUGAACAUCUUCGUGGGCUUCGUCAUCGUCACUUUCCAGGAGCAGGGAGAGGAGGAGUAUAAGGACUGUGAGCUGGACAAGAACCAGCGUCAGUGUGUGCAGUACGCACUGAAGGCUCGACCUCUGAGGUGCUACAUCCCCAAAAACCCCUACCAGUACAGGGUCUGGUACAUUGUCACCUCCUGCUACUUUGAGUACCUCAUGUUCUUCCUGAUUAUGCUCAAUACCUUGUGUCUGGGGAUGCAGCACUGCAACCAGUCAGACCAUGUGACCAAGCUGUCGGACAUUUUGAACUUGAUCUUCACUGUGCUCUUCACUGUGGAGAUGAUUCUUAAGCUCAUGGCCUUCAAAGCGAAGGGCUACUUCGGAGACCCCUGGAACGUUUUUGAUUUCAUUAUUGUCAUUGGUAGCGUUGUUGACGUCAUCUUGAGCGAAGUCGAUACUGCCCUGGCCUCCAGUGGAGGACUGUACUGUCUCCAUGGCUGUGCUGAGACAAAUCCUAUGCAAGUGAUUGCGGCCUCUGAAAAUGCCUCUGUUUCCAUCACAUUCUUCCGACUCUUCCGUGUCAUGCGCCUGGUCAAACUGCUGAACCGAUCAGAAGGCAUUCGUAACCUGCUCUGGACCUUCAUCAAAUCCUUCCAGGCGCUUCCUCACGUUGCUCUGCUCAUCGUGAUGCUCUUCUUUAUCUAUGCUGUCAUUGGGAUGCAGAUCUUUGGAAAGGUAGCCUUAGUGGACGGCACCCAAAUUAACCGCAACAACAACUUCCAGACAUUCCCUCAGGCUGUUCUUAUGUUAUUCCGAUGUGCUACCGGGGAGGCUUGGCAGGAGGUCAUGGUAGCGUCGAUGUAUGGGAAGAAGUGUGACCCCAAGUCUGAUUUUCAGCCAGGAGAGGAGUACACCUGCGGGUCCAACUUUGCUGUCUUCUACUUCCUCAGCUUCUACUGUCUCUGUGCCUUUUUGAUCCUCAACCUGUUUGUCGCGGUCAUCAUGGACAACUUUGACUACCUGACCCGUGAUUGGUCGCUCCUUGGUCCACAUCAUCUGGAUGAGUUUAAGAAGAUCUGGGCUGAAUAUGACCCUGAAGCCACUGGGAGAAUCAAACAUCUGGAUGUGGUGACGCUGCUGCGAAGCAUCCAGCCUCCUCUGGGCUUUGGCAAGUUCUGUCCUCAUCGUGCCGCGUGCAAGCGUUUGGUUGGUAUGAACAUGCCUCUCAACAGCGAUGGCACAGUCACUUUCAAUGCCACCCUGUUUGCUCUGGUCAGAACUGCUCUCAAGAUCAAAACUGAAGGUAACUUUGAGCAGGCCAAUGAAGAGCUGAGGGCCAUUAUAAAACAAAUCUGGAAACGCACCAGUAUGAAACUGUUAGACCAGGUCAUACCCCCGAUUGGAGAUGAUGAGGUGACUGUGGGGAAAUUCUACGCCACCUUCCUCCUUCAGGACCAUUUGCGCAAAUUCUUGAAGCGUCAGGAGGAGUACUACGGCUACCGGCCCUCAAAGAAGAGCGCCUCAGGCCCAGAGAUUCAGGCGGGUCUGAGGAGUACGGAGGAUGAGGCAGCUCCAGAGAUGCACAGGACCAUUUCAGGAGACCUGCAGAAUGAGGAAGAGAUGGACAGAGCUAUGGAGGAGGCUGGAGAAGAGGGCAUUUACCAGCGUACACACUCUCUGUUUGGUAACCGGAUGGACCCGUUCUCCACUGAGCCCACCGACGCUCAGCCUCCACACAUGACCAAACAGCGACCACUCAUAUUCUCCGACAGUCAGCCUGAGUCAUCACCUGACUUUUCUCCCUUGACGUCGACAACUGAAUUCUUCCCCACAACAAAGAACAACACAAACAAUAACGCCUUUGCGGAGUUUUCAUUUGAAAGAGAAGGCAGUCCUGAUGAGUUUUAUAAUCCCAGUGAGGAUACAGAUCCAGGUAAGAGGAGAGACGAGGCACAAACAUGGGGUUCAUGAGAUUCCUGUGAAUUUGAUCAUGUUGGAGACACAGUUAUUGUGUCCUAUUAUGAUUAUGUGUUAUGUUUUGCUGUAUACUAUUUGCU